AUGUCCAAGGGCCAUAGAAAAGUGGAUGAAGAGGAAAGUUUCGGGUUACUGGACAUAGCAAGAAUAAUAGCUGGGCUUCUUCUAGUGAAUUGCAUUCUUUCAUAUGCUUUCACCUCAUCCACGACCUGGGGUUAUGAAGGCAGAUGGAUUGAUCCACACUACGUAAACUGGAAGCUAACAGGAAAUUACGUUAAUUUAACCUUAGAACAGCUUUCUCAGUAUGAUGGGAGUAAUAGUCGACUCCCCAUAUACAUUGGCAUUAAUGGUAAGGUAUAUGAUGUGACAAGAUCAAGCCUGGUGUACGGUCCCAAAGGUCCAUAUGGAUUUUUCAGUGGGAAAGACGGUGCCAGAGCAUUUUCAACUGGAUGCUUUAAUAAACCCGAUGAGUUCACUUAUGAUUUGAGAGGCCUCGAUCUAGAAGUGGCAUUGAAAGACAUUGCCAAUUGGCAGAAAUUCUUUGAAAAUAGUGAUAAAUACUGGUAUGUGGGGACAGUAAUUCAUGAACCAAUCACUGGAGACCCUCCAGCUCCAUGCCAUCAUGUCAAAUUCCCGGGCUACAAAAAGCACCCAUAA